AUGGACAUCCGUGUCCUCACACCGUCUGACAUCCCACAUGUUCAAUCCACGAAUAUCACAAACCUUCCCGAAAACUACUUUUUGAAAUAUUACCUGUAUCAUGCCCUUUCAUGGCCUCAGCUUUCGUAUGUAGCAGUCGAUGUUUGCCGACCUAAGAAGACACCUUACGAUCCUCCAAAAAUUGUGGGCUAUGUUCUCGCGAAGAUGGAAGAAGAGCCAGCGAAUGGCAUACCACAUGGGCAUAUCACAAGUCUAAGCGUCAUGAGGACGCAUCGACGACUUGGCCUUGCGGAAAAGCUCAUGAAACAAAGUCAAAGAGCCAUGGUUGAAACCUACAACGCCCAAUAUGUCUCCUUACACGUGCGUGUUUCGAACGUUGCGGCUCUGAAGCUCUAUAGAGAUACCCUCGGCUUUGAAGUUGAGAAGGUGGAAUCGAAGUACUAUGCUGAUGGCGAGGAUGCAUAUAGCAUGAAGAUGAAUCUAGAGUUCAUCAAGGAGCAACUGGAAGAGACCUACGGCAAGGACGAAGGAGAAGCCGUUGGCGAAGAAGGCAAGGAAAAUGGCAAGAAAGACGAUGAAAAGAAAGAGCGUAAGAGGAAGGUGAAGAUAGGCAGAGGGCUAGGAGUGGGCGACCUGGUGGAAAAGAAUGAGAGCAAAGCGUAG